GUGUAUUCGAUUGAGCCCAUGGUGCUACCCUCUUGAGUACCAUCAUAUCCCAUGGCCUCUUCUAUCCUAGCGUCCUUGUGUCGUGACUAACCUCCCAGGUGAAAGCUUCGGCGAAUCUCAAGUCAUCCGAAAGGCGCAAGCUUUUGGCAUCUAUCUGCGUGACUUACGGGAUCCCGCAAGCUGAUAUCAGUGCCGAGACGGAAAAGCAGAUCCUUCCUGCCGUCACCAAGCAGGCCGCCUUCAAAUCCGAGCUUGGCCACACCGGCACUAUCUACACCGACGAGACGCUGACGCCUACAUGGUUCAAGACAAAGGACUCACAGAUCAUGCCCAGUAUAUACACGCUCUGGAAUUGCCCGUUCAUCUUGCCAAUUGUGCUCACUCAUCCCCAUGUGAUCAAGGUCUAUGUGGGUAACGGUGCGGACUUGAUGCUACCGGGUACGGUGCCGCCUUUCGACCACAGGGCUACCAAGGGCGCUGUGGUGGCGAUUGCCGAUACCGAAAAUCCGACCGUUCCGAUGGCUGUGGGCACGUGCAACCUUAACUUGCCGCAAUUUGACAAAGUCGUUGGAAGGGUCGGUGUGGCAGUGGAUGUGAUUCACCACAUUGGAGACGAAUUGUGCCGACUCUGCAAGGAUGAUAAGGUUCCUCCAGCUGUGGGGUUGAGUGGAGAGAUUCCAAUUGAAAACGCUGAGAAAGAUGCCAAAGACAUUGAUUCGAGCACUGAAGAAAAGGGCGACAAGAAUGUAGAGUCCGUGGACGAAAACUCCAAAACCUCCAUCGAAUCCAAUAGUGAAGAAACCAAUUCUAAAGCCAUUGAAACAAAUUUAGAAGGCGGACCCUAUGAGAGUUCCAUCACCCCUGAAGAUGUGGAUCACAUCUUCCAGCGAGCGCUUCUCCAGUCGCUCCACAUGGAAAUCAUCCCAGUUCCGCUCAGCUCGUCCAACUUCAUGGCCAACCACGUGCUCAAAAACAUGCCAGAUGUGGACGCCAGCGUUGCCAACAUCAAGCGCACAACUUGGAAAAAGUCCGCAAAGUAUCUUAAGGCAAUGGAGAAACUUGGCUUCCUCAAAUUGAAGGGUAAGGGAGACGAUGUGACAGUUGUGAGUGUUGUUGGAAAAGAGAAUGAAACCGUUAAAAAUUUUGUGACAUACAAGGUGAAGAAAGCAGGGGCCACUGCUCCGGCAGUGCAGAAGAACGAGCUCCGGACGAUGCUUUUAUACAAACCGACCCACAAAUCCAAGGAAUUUUUCUCCAUUAUCGAUAUGCCAUUCUCUGUUUUGUAUACUGCGACCGAAUUAAAGGCAUGUUUGAAUCAGUUUAUCGCAAAGCAGCAGCUUGUGGACCCUAAAAACCCCAAGAAUAUCAUUCCAGAUGGCCAUAUCUGCUUGAUUUCCGGCUUGCCCCGUGGCUCUCUUGGAAGGGAAAAGGUUUUCCCCGCGUUUGUCAAAAACUUCACCGAACUUCACAAGAUUGUGAAACCAGGCCAGGACGCAACUGAAGUGCCAACGGGGCGCGGUCCCGUGCCGAAGGUCCAUAUCAUCACCGAGAUGAAGAUUGGGCGCAAGAUCAUCACGCGUAUCUCCAACUUUGAGGAGUUUUACAUCAAGCCAGAAGCAUUUGCGGAAGAGUUGCGUGUAAAGUGUUCGGGUUCCACGACCAUCGGCCCGUGCACCCAUAAUCCAAAGUUGACGGAAGUGACUGUCCAGGGGCCGCACGGAAAGCUUGUCACUGAGUUGUUAGUAAAAAGGGGAGUCAACAAUGGGUAUAUUGUGUUUGAGGAUAAGUUGAAGGCGAAGAAGAGAAAAUAGUUAGAUAAUUGGCCAGGGGCAUUUCCAUGAAAAAAAAAUUCCAAGCUUUUGCUGACCAAUAUUGACGGAGUCAUUUCCUUUCUGUAAUCAAUUUUUGCGGCUGGCUAUUCCAUGUAUUACCCAUCUAGUUCUCUUUUGAGGAAUUAUACACUUCCAAUUUAGUCAAUUAUGUUUUCUCGGUCUAGUUCUUUCCCAGGCUAAUACUUUUGUUAUGAGAAUUUGACUUAACGGUUGCUUUCUAAGCCCUGCCUUGGAUAAAGUAUCCUCCUAGGCCCCGAGAUCUACCAAAAAAUCACCUAACUAUGGUAACACCAUCUGGUGUCUAACUCAUUAUCCACCCGAACUCCUUUUCCUCUAAUAAAGUCAUUAUCAAUCUAUGACGGACAUAUAUCCC